UGCGCUUGAGCUUAAAAACAACAGUUAGACAGCCCAAGGUGCAUUGUUAGUUUGGCAUUUUUAAAGUCUCUAGAAUGGAGAAGAAACACUGUAUUACUGUAACAGUUGUAAUUGCUCUGGUUAUUGUCGUUGUCGCCGUUGUGUUGGGAAUCACACUGGGGAAGAGAACAUUCAAGCAAGAAUUUGAAUACAGGUGUUCCAAGUUCGAAAGUAGUAAGAAGUACAACUGUACAGAGAUAUGGCAUGAGUUUGAAAAAGCCUAUGUGAACCAGGACCCUUGUAAGAUCCCCAUGAAUGCCUAUGACUCUUUAGUUGCUGCGGCGCCCUUUGAACAUGCAUGCAACAAAACGUUGUUCUGGAGUAAAACAAAGAAUCUGGUCCAUGACUUAACUAAGAACAGGGAUGAUGUCAAUUUGGAGAAAACUCUGCUGGGAUCUGUGCUGGAUGGUGUGACCAGCUGGUGUGGAAAGAUGGGCAGCAGUGAAACAUUAACUGAAGGCUGCCCCGUGUGGACUAAAUGUGAGAACAAUCCUCCUCGCCUUUUUUGGAACAGACUCUCAACUGCUUUUGCAGAUUUUGCCUGUGAGAAUGUCACAGUAAUACUAGACGGAUCCAUCGACACACCAUUCAAUCCUACAACUACUUUUGCAACAAUUGAGGUGAAGAGGAUCAAAUACCCCAAGUUCAACCUGCAAUAGUGACUCUUUAAAGGCUUUAAAGAGUGCGCUGGUUCAAGGAAUAACAUAUAACUGCAAGGAAGUGACUGAGUGAGUACAGCCUCUCUGUUUAAACAUGUUUAAAUUCGAAAUAUAUUGACCUUAUGUUAUUUGUUUCUUUGUAUGCAGAGCUAAGAUCAAGAAGUGCAGCUCCGAUCCAAAGACACCCAUUGGGAAGUGUUGGUGAUGACGUGUGAACUCAAUAUCAGAUUGGACUGUGUGACUAAAUGACACACAACAAGCCUUACAAAUAUUUUGCCUAGAGUUUAUUUUUGAAAAGUCUUUGUAAAUUGAACAAUGUGCUAUUAUACAGUACUUUAAAUAUACUGUAUCAUUAUUUUUGUAUGAGUUUGACAACAUGUGAAAUUACUCUUUUUUUAUGUAAAUGUCAAUGACCCAUUUUUACAGUGACAAUGCUGUUUUUUUAAUCUUUUUUGCUUUUUAAUUACGUUCAAUUGACAAUCUCGCUUGUAUCGUUUUCUGCCUUUUAUAUGAGAACAAUCUGAAAAAACCCUCAACAUUAUCGAUCCUAUUCUAUAAUAGAAAUAGAAACAUUUUAGAAUAAGUACAUAGAGCAAUGUUGAUAAACGUAACAAUGCAUUAUUGUUUAAUAAAAGAAUAAAAGAAAAAAACAUUAAAAUAUGGAAAAAAAUAAAAGAAAAUGUGUGUUAAUAAUAAGGAUAAAUAUGGGAUUUAUUAAUAAAUGUGAGAAAAUAAAAGUGUUAAUAACAAUGUUAACUGUGUCAGUAUA